AACAAACCAAUUACAGAACUCUUCACUUCAAAGUUUUUUCUUCAAACAAACCCACAAAGCAGAGAAGAGCAGAGAGAUUUUCUUUUUUUUCAAUUACUUCAGGAAAAAGAAACAGAGAGAUGGCUGAGAAGAACAACCAGUCUUAUCCUAUAGCCCCAGCAAAUGGUUACGCAAGAAGUGACGGAGAGUCUUUGGUAUCCGAAGAUGAGCUCAAACGCAGGAAGAGAAUUAAGUUGUUUACCUAUAUUGGUAUCUUCAUUGUGUUUCAGAUCAUAGUCAUGACUGUAUUUGGUCUUACUGUGAUGAAAGUCAAGACCCCCAAGGUCAGGUUAGGGGAAAUCAACAUCCAAAGUCUCAACUCGGUCCCCGCAACACCAUCGUUCGACACAAGCUUCACAACCCAAAUCAGGAUAAAGAACACAAAUUGGGGUCCCUACAAGUUUGAUGCAGGGACUACCACAUUCAUGUACCAAGGUGUGCCUGUGGGACAAGUUACUAUUCCAAAGAGCAAGGCAGGAAUGCGUUCUACCAAGAAGAUCAACGUCGAGGUAGUUUUGAAUAGCAAUGUAUUGCCAAACAGUUCUACUCUUGGAAGUGAAUUGAACAGUGGGGUGUUAACGCUAACCAGCCAAGUUCAACUGAAAGGAAAAGUUGAAUUGAUGCUCAUAAUGAAGAAAAACAAGAAUGCUUCCAUGGACUGCACCAUAGCUUUUGAUUUGGCGUCAAAGGCGGUUAAAACUUUACAAUGCAAGUGAAGUUUGUGCGCAGACAUCAAUCGCAUCAUCUUUAGGCCUUGCCACGGAACAAAGACUCGUUCUUGAAUUUAUUAAUUUUUUUUAUUUCUUUUUCUUUUUUGGCCGAGAAUUUUUUUUUUCAUUUCUUUUGUAUAUGACAUGUUGUGCAUUUGUACUUGAACUCCUAGCUAUUUAUUAAAACUUCAAUUCCCUUUUUUUUGGGA